AAACUUCAGUUAGACAACAAAAGCACUUGUUCACCAAUUAAGCUUUCAAGAGACAAACUGUUUUGAAAAAUGGGAUCCAAGGUUGUUGCAUCCGUUGCCCUUCUCCUCUCCAUCAACAUCCUUUUCAUUUCCAUGGUUAGCUCCAGCAGCCACUACGAUCCACCGCCCCCACCUUGUUACGUCCCUGCUCCUUUAACACCACCACCAUCAUUGUCACCACCACCGUCAUUGUCACCACCACCACCGUCAGGACCUAGUUGUCCGGAUCUGAGUGUUUGCCUCAAUAUUUUAGACGGGUCUCCCGCGGAUGAUUGUUGUGCCCUCAUCGCUGAUCUUGUUGACCUUGAAGCCUCUGUGUGCCUUUGCAUCCAACUCAGGGUCCUCGGAAUAGUAAACCUUGACCUUAAUUUGCAGUUAAUAUUAAACGCCUGUGGACCAAGCUACCCGUCAAACGCCACUUGCCCCCGAACCUAAGAACAGAAUAUGUAUGGCACUAAUCACCAUAUUACUUCGUAUCAUGGUGUUUGUUUGUCUGUGUUUAAAGUUAAGGACGUUAUACCCUUCGUGCCUGCUACAUAUAUAUAGUGGGCACUAUAAUAUUACCAAUAAAUUAACCUCCAUGUAUAAGAAUAAUAAUAAAUAAAUAAAUAUUUCUAUACAAAUACAGGUUACGUAAUGUUGUUGUUGUUCUCGUGGAUGGGGAUCUUAUCUUCCUCCUCGCUAUCUUUGUUUAUCGUAUUUCUGUGAAAGUUGUUCAAUAAAAGUCCUUUGUUCAACAAGUGA